AUGGAGAAUGAAACAGAGUCAACAAGAUCUGGACUGUUUACAUAUAAAGGGUUCAAUUUUAUUAGUAAUGUGCAUGAGGAGGGAUACGUGGACACACUGGAGCAGUUUGUCAUCUGGGAUGAUGACAUCUUUGUGGUCACUUACCCAAAGUCAGGAACAACAUGGAUGCAAUACAUUUUGGUGUUGAUAUAUCAUAGUAAGGAUCUCAAAGAAGAAACCAACAAAAGAAUGAUUGAUGUGGUGCCCUGGUUUGAGGUCAAAUUGAAGGUAGACUUCAACAAAAUGCCAUCUCCACGCACCUUUCUCACACACCUGCCAACCUCUCUGGUCCCGCAGGGGCUACGACAUAGAGGGAAGGUGAUCUAUGUGGUCAGAAACCCCAAGGAUGUAGCAAUGUCAUUUUUCCACUUCCACAAUAUCUUUAAACUCCUGCCUGAUCAAAAGAACUUAGAUCAAUUUCUAGAUGAUUUUCUGGAAGGGAAAGUUUUUGCAGGCUCUUGGUUUGCUCACAUUAAUGACUGGUAUAAGCACAAAGAUGAAUUCAACCUCCUCUUUCUCACAUUUGAAGAAAUGAAGAAGGACCGGCGUGGCGCCAUCAUGAAGAUAUCAAACUUUCUGGGGAAGACUCUUGAUAGCAAAACUUUGGACACAAUAGUGGAAAAGAGCUCUUUUGAGAACAUGAAAAAGAACCCCACAAUUUCUUUUGAGGAGAACUUCCCAGAGUAUUUUGACAGCAGCAAAGGAUCAAUGUUUCGAAAAGGGCAAGUGGGAGACUGGAAGACAGUAUUCACCAUGGAGCAGAACGAGAAGUUUGACAGGAUUUACCAAGAGAAGAUGUCAAAACUCCCACUAGAGUUCAUCUGGGAUCUGUGA